UUAUGCCAGCAGGUAGGCCAUGAGGACCUGGUACGCCUGCAUCUUGCGGGCGUGCUCUCGGGCGGGGAGUGGCAUCCAAUCAUCCAUGGCGGGCUGGGGCGGGGGCAGCAGCACCGGCACUACGGGAGGGGGCGGGAGGAUCAUGUAGUGCAUGUGGUGGACUGGCUGCACUAUGACAUGCAGCAUGGGGGCCGUAGGGUGGGCGUUGGCAGGCUGUGGCUGGGCAGCGGCGACGGCCGGGUGUACGGGGUGGGCUCGGAUAUAGAAUGGCCCCUGUGGUGUUGUGCACGCCAAGGCAGGAGACGCACACAGACAGGCAGACAGGCAGACAGGCAAAUGGAUUGAUGCAUGUGUGUUCGAGUGUGGCGGUGCUUAGUUCUCACCUGGGGAGCCUCCUGCUGCACAGCCGCCGCCGCCACAUAGCCUCCAGCCGCCUGGCCGUCCUGUGAGCAACAAGCCAGCAGCAACGGAAAGAUGCUCAAUUCACUUCAACAGAUCGCUCUUUGCAGCUCUUUUUUUGCCCACCAGCUGCCGAUGUCGCACCAGGAGGGCCGGUGACGACCUCGACCGCCGGAGGGCCACGGCAUGACGGCCCCUGAUACGGCGCCUUCUCCUGCCCCUCCUGGCACACAGCACCCUGAGCCGCACGCACCCGACAGACCCGAUGGAAUUGUUGUGGUCUCUGUCUGUCUAUCGCCAUGCGUGUACCUUACCAGAUAAGGGUGAUGGUGAGUGAUGGGGACAGCAUUAUAAUGUGGCUGUCCCGGUCCUCCGUGUACGAUGCACUCAAUCCGUCCACCUCCCGCCGGUACUCAACAGUCUCAGGGACCACAACAGUUGUCGCGUUCAGGAAGAGUAGGCGAUCACGUCGCUCGGAAAGCGCUGGCUGCUCGGAGGGGCGGCCACAGUGCUGGUCGGUGGGCUGACAGUGGCAUCUUGUGACACUCUGGAUGAACAAAAGCAGCUGUGGCAGAGGUGUCGAGGACUCCACAGAUAUAAAAUGGAGGCAGCGAUGUCUGACACGCACAGAGACAAAGAGACACUCGCCUUGUGCCAGAGGCAUCGUUACUUUGUACUAAUGCACAGCCUCUCUGGAUGUGUCUCCACUCACCGCUUCCGCCCAACACCCGGGGGCUUAGGUCGACAAGUAGCCGAAAUGGCGAGGCAGGCCAGGCACAGCCAGCACCCCCUCUCCGCCCACAGCAGCUCGGCCUCCUCGCGGCGCCUCUUGGCCAGCUCCGCCGCCCGUCGGCUCUCCCUCUUCGGCAGCGGCACCCAGUCCACGAUGGGCGGGUGGUAGAUGAUGAUGGGCGCUGGGACCAGUGCGGGUCGUGGUGCCGCUGCCGGGUAGAGGGGGAUGGCGGGGAGAUAGUUGACCUGUCGCAGACCAAACAGAGAGAGGGAUUCAUGUGUGGUCUGCACUGGUAAGUCUGUUCGUGAUGCUUGUUUCUCACCAGGGGCCGCCCGACCUGCACGCCCACCUCCCUCGUCAGGUCGGCAUCCUGCAGCCAACAAACCAGCAGAGAUUUCCUCUCAGUUCAGUGGAUAGAAUGACGUUUGUGUGGGGCCAUCUGCUCACCGUUAUGCCGGCCGCCCCGCCCCCCACUGUGUGGGUGCUUUAGGUGGCCAGGUAGGCCAGCAAUGGGCCCACCGGUGGGAUAAUGCUCGUGCCGACAUGAUGGGCUGCGAUGCGGCCAGACAGGCCAAGCGUUGGCGCUGCUGACGAGUCCGCAAAUAUAAAAUGGAGGCAGCGAUGUCUGAACAGAUGGAUAUACGAAGACACAAAAGAGAGACAUGGCGUAGAAAUGUGCAUCUGCCCACCUGCACACCUGGAAGAGUGGCGCCCAGUGACGAUGACCUGCCAGGGCCCUCUUUCCUCUGAAAAUGCAGCAGGAUACACACACACAGACAGCUUAGCAUCGUUGUGCUGCACAAAUCGUGUGUCCCCACGCUUUCGUACCACGCUUACAUACAAAGUGGACACCUGACUGUCUCUGUGUGAGUUCGCCUCCUUACGCGCCAGAAAGACAAUUUAUGACGGUACGUCCACAUGUUGAUAAUCAGUCGUCAAAUAUAAAAUGCAAGCAGCGAUACCUAAAGACACAAACGGACAGAUGAGAUGCGUGUGCGGGAUCGGACGGCUCUUUGCGUGUGUCUCCACUCACUGCUUCCACUCAACACAUGGUGGCUUUGUGUGGCCAGGUAGGCCGCCACCCCUCCUGCACCAGCUUCUUGUAUUGUAUUUUCUCAUCUUGCGGGCGCGCUCGAUGGCCGGGAGUGGCUUCCAGCCCAUGGCGGGCUGGGGCGGGGGAGGGGGCGGGACGUAGUACAUGGGGUGGACGUAGUAGAUGGCUGCGCUAGCACAGAGAUGGUGGCCGGGGCGGGCACGGCUGCGGGAGCGGGGGGCCGUGCAGCGGCCACUCGUGGAUUGACGGGGUGGGCCGGCAUGUAGAUCGGCCCCUGUAGUACCAACACACCAAGGGAGGCGGAUGGAUUUAUUCGGUGUGUUCUGUUUCGGUGGUCUGCAUUGUGCACUGUGCACUGUUCGCUCACCGCCUGGUGCUGGUGUGUGCGGCGAGGGAUGGCCGAUGACAGCAGGGCGGGGGACGACUUGGCCCGUCGAAGGGCCAGCCGAGCCCCCGUCCCUCUGCAUCGGUGUCGUGUAGGUCUCGGCUUUAUUAAGGCAUAUACGAAAACCACCGCCCUGCAACCAAGAACACAUAGAUAGCCUCGAUGGAUGGAUGGAAUGGACGGUGUAUGCAGUAUGGUGACGACGAGGACCAGCACCAGUCCCGACAGCCGGCCCACCACCACCUCCCUCAGCUCACCGAGUGUCCUAGCACGUCUGGCCACACGAUCGCCAGCCGUCUUGUCGCGGUCCUGGACAACCUCUAUGUCCUCCGUGCCGUUCUGCAGCUCGUCGGCGAAGGUCCAGACGGCGCCGCUUGGUGGAGGAGCAAUGGCCACGCGCACAGGGAGUGGGUGGCCUUGCAGGUAGGCCGACAGGCGCUCAGACACAAUGGGAAGGUCCAUGUCGUCGGGCCGCAGACUGAGAGUGGUGUUGCCAGGCGUAAUCUCGACACCGUAUGUCGCUAGAUAGCCGACGACCGGUGCGCUUCUCUGCAUCGCUGGGUGUGUGGUGGGUUUGGGCGAGAUGGAUGGGGGUGUGGGGCUGACGUAAGGGCCAGUCCCGGCAAGCCACUCGUGCACAGACAUGUCUGCAGACAGACAGACAGACAGACAGGAGACAUCCGGUUUGUCUGCAUCGACUGGUGAAUGAAUGUGGUCACUCACUUGGUGCUCGCUGAGUGUGUCGACUUCGCCCUCCGUUGAGUUCAUGCGGGCCUCGUAUCUCUGCUUGAGGUCCUCCAGGCGCCCGGCGUGCAGUGCGGCCCUGACGUCGGGACUAACGGAAGACACCGACGGGUCAGACUCUGACACACAUCCAUCGACCCACACACACAGAGGUGAGAUGAGCUCCAUGUGUGUCUCUGUGUGUGUGUGUUGUAGGUGGUGGGUUGGCUGACCUGUGACAAUCUCAUGGCUGCCAUGAGCCGCUUCUUGGCCUCCGCUGUGCACGGUGUGCUCACGGAAGGGGCUGGUGAUGCGUCGGUCAACCACGUGUUGUGGUGCGGCAAAGGGCCUCUCGUAGAGGGUGGGGAUCGUGAGACGGCUGCUACUCUCGACCGCCCCAGGCUCUUCCCCGACAGAGUCCGAGCUCUCCCCUCGCUUCGCCGCAAGGCGAGACGCCACGAGCUUCUUCUUGACGUUGCUGUUUGUCUUGCUGGCGAGUUUGUCCCAGUCCUCCCCCACGCUUGCUGCUCGGGCCGCCGCCAUAUGGCCCAGAGACACGCGGCGAGCCGACUGGCUAGCGCGUCCGUCGGCCUCCUUGCCGGACACAGCAGCAGCACCAGCAGACUUGUCAGCAGCGCCUUUGCCGGACGGCGGCAGCACGAUGGACUCCCUGAGAAUGGACGGCUGCUGCACAGACGGCUGUGCAUGUACUACACUUGCCGCCGCCGCUGCUGCCAGGCCCGCACGUGUACGCAGCUUGGUGACCUGCAUGCACCGAGACACAGACAAACAGACAGACAGGCGGGAACCGGGCACAGAGACAGAGAGGGGGAUGCGUGUCCGUGUACUGGUAUGUCUGUAUUGAGUCCGGUCCGUUCAAUAUAUCUCUCACCUCGUCGAGGAUAGCAUCAUACCACAACUCGCGCUCAGCGUCGUUUGUGCACUUGAAACAUGCCUUCAUCCCUUUGGCCGACUCGAACAGAUCAACGAGGCUGCAUCGAUGAAGACACACACACACACACACAAGUCACACAUGGCCGGCCAUGCACCUUGCCUGCCUCCUUACGCGUACAU